UUUCUGUGUCUUCCAGCUAAGGAGUGUGGCGGUGUGCUGACGGACCCGAAGAGGAUCAUUCAGUCUCCUGGGUUCCCCGACGAGUACCAGGACGAGCAGAUCUGCUACUGGCACAUCAGAGUCAAAUUGGGUCAGAGGAUCGUUCUCCACUUCCUGGAGUUUGACGUGGAGGACGACACGGCGUGCCUGGCUGAUUACCUGGAGGUGUACGACAGCUAUGAUGAUGUGUCAGGCUUCGCUGGGAGAUUUUGCGGCGAAGAAUUGCCUGAUGAUAUCAUCAGCACAGGAAACGUGAUGACGUUGAAGUUCCUCUCUGAUGCUUCAGUCACAGCAGGAGGCUUCCAGUUACAUUACACCGCCCAUGAUGCAUCUCAGUUUUCACACAAUCACACCCACUAUUUACACUGACUCAUACUCUCUUCUGCACGAUGUCAUUGGUUAUCUCGUGUACUGUAAAAAAUAGAUCUUUAUGAAUAAAGAUUAAAGGAGAACUUCUGUCCCUAUAUUGUGUUGCAGUUUCUGAUUUUGUUGAAAGCAGAAAAAUAAACACAUUUAUAUUUUA